GCUCCUCAGAGUGAGUUACCGCCAUUAGCGAACAAGAAAAAGAAGAAGCUGCAAGGUCAGCUGAUCAGACUCGUUAGCAGCGCUGGACUCGACUGAAGUCUCUGACCGGCAAAGACCAUCAAGAAAACACCACAGAGUGAAGAUCAAAACUGUUUCUUGAAAGAUGGCUGACACAGAGCAGCGGACGCCGCCGCAAACCGGGCCUGCGCAAUUCUUAUUGAGUAACAAACUGGAGACAGCUAUGUGGCUCUCACGUCUCUUUACAGUCUACUGCUCCAUCAUGUUUAUUCUUCCUCUGCUUGGACCCUUAGCAGCUGCAAAUUUCUACCAGAGGGCACUCUUGGCCAAUGCUUUGACCAGCGCUCUGCGUCUGCACCAAAGGUUGCCUCGUUUCCAGCUGAGCCGAGCAUUUCUGGCCCAGGCUUUGCAGGAAGACAGCUGCCACUACCUCCUCUACUCACUCAUCCUAGUCAAUUCCUACCCCAUCACCAUGAGCAUAUUCCCUGUGUUCCUCUUCUCUCUGCUUCAUGCCACAGCUUACACUAAGAAGGUUCUUGAUACAAUGGGGCCAAACAGUCUUCUGUUUGUGAGGAACUUCCUGAACAAGCUCACAGCCAAUCAGCAAAACAUCCUCAAGUUCAUUGCCUGCAAUGAGAUUUUCCUGAUGCCAGCCACUGUCUUCAUGCUCUUCAGUGGACAGGGCAGUCUGCUGCAGCCUUUUAUUUACUACCGGUUCCUCACUUUGCGUUACUCCUCCAGACGAAAUCCCUACUGUCGGACCUUGUUCACAGAGUUGAGGAUUUUGUUAGAGCAUUUUGUGAUGAAGCCUGCCUGCCCUGCCUUCUUCAGAAGAAUGUGCCUCAACAGCAUUGCCUUAAUUAGCCGCCUGGCCCCGACGGGAGUCUAACCAGCCUGUUUCUGUAUCAGCACCCACAGUCACACACUGGUGUAUAUACAAACACUCAUACAUACAUGCACACACAGAUACAUACAAAUACAAGCUCCUACAAAAUGAGUAGGUAGGAGGGAGUUGCUCCAGGAUAGAAGCAGGCUGAGAAAGUCUCUGAAUAGUCAGAGAUGGAUCCCCUGCCAUUGUCUUCUUCUGCAUGGAAUGCAGUUACAAUUUUUGGAAAGACUCCACUAAUAAGAGUGACUCUAAGACACAGGAAAGAAAGAGCGGAAACAUCACACUAGAUGACUUGCUGUUGCACCCAGCGCAUGGUAAAGUCAGUACUGCUUUUUGGAUAGUGGUUUUGAAAGAUAAUUUAUAAACAGCUACUAUGUAUGUAUGUUUUUCUUAUGAGGUUGAAUGAAAAUAUUUAAGCUUAACCUAGAGUAAAUAAUUGCUGAGUAGAUAUUGGUUAUUAGAUAUCCCCAUGGAGGGAAAGAGAUUGUCAUUAUACAUGUAUUUGUUUGUUUCAGUGAACCAUUUUUAUGAUUGUAUAGUAUGUUUGUCUUGAGCUGGUUUACCUCAAUCUAAACGGUAACCUUUCAUUUUAAAAGAUCAGAUCAAGAUUGAGAACAAUGCAUAACUAUUGCUUUAGACCCCCCCCCACUCAAGUUAAUGGACCAUCUCUCAGCAUUUAAAGGUGAUUAACCCUUUACCACCAAACCUGAUCUUUAGUAGAACAUUGCUUGCCUUGAAUGUAAUUUGUUCAAAGAGCAUUUUUCAUUUGUUCCCAGUUUAAAAAUUGGCUAUUCCCUUGCUUGUUUUGUUAACUACCAUGUUUGUGUAUGUGAAUUCAAUAAAUGUAAUUUAAUUCAAGUA